GGCUUGAUCAAUUCCGGUUUAUUAUCAAAAUAAACGGCUAGUGUUGUAAGUAUCAAACUCGCGAAGACGACAGAAUACGUGUUUAUUGUCCUCAAUAUUGAGGAAAACUAGAAUAGAACAUGCCACAGAAAUAAAUCAUUAACUCUUAUUUUCAGUUCGUUGGAAUGAUAGCGCUAUCUGCUGGUCAUAUUGGGGAGUACAUCAGGGUCACCUUUUGGAAAAUGAGAAACCAAAGUCGCAGGAAAUGUGAUUUGUUGCAAACUUUUCUUCACAAAUGAAUGUUGCUUUUUUUGGGGGAGGAGGAUCUCUGGUGGCAGGUGCCGAAAAAAAUCUACAGAAAAUGAGCAGGAAGCAGGAAGAUAAAAUCAACGGUUAACCUGAGUUGAGGCACCCCCUUUGGUCUCCUUCCUUUUUUCUUUGUGAAACUUUGCUGCUUACAUCUGUGACUAUAACCUCCCCUGCUCAAAGCUUUUUUCAUUAGCAGCCAAGACAUUGUGGAACUUUUUGCCAGCAUUUGACACAGAAAACUUGACUCUUCUUCUGAGGAACCAAAACAUGUCUUCAGUGGCUCCAGACUAUUACAAUCCCAGCACUGAUGACUAUACAGAUGCGGAGCUGUGCAACCUGGAUCCAAAUCCCGCUGAAGUCAUCACCCAAACCUACAUGCACUCCCUCAUCUGUGUCUUUGGCCUAGUUGGGAACAUCCUUGUGGUGGCGACUUACUUAUUCUACAAGAGGACCAAGACAAUGACAGACAUCUACCUGGCCAAUUUGGCGGUGGCCGACCUGACCUUUGUGCUGGCCCUGCCUUUUAUCAUUUACAACGAGCGGCACAGCUGGGUGAUGGGCACGGCGGUCUGCAAGGUGCUGAGGUCGGCCUACUGCAUCAACCUUUACAGCGGGAUGCUCCUGCUGGCGUGCAUCAGCGGCGAUCGUUACAUCGCCAUUGUCCAAGCCAGACGCUCUUUCGGGGCCCGCUCGAGUUCUCUCAUCUACAGCCGCAUCAUCUGCACUGUCGUGUGGCUUUGCGCGGCCGCCUUAACACUGCCCACCCUUCUAUACACCGAGCGCUUUGAGGAGAGCGCUCUGGGGGCCGAGAGCGUGCACGUGACCUGUGAACUGUCUUUCAGCAACGACGAGACGGCCAAGUUGAUCAAAAUGCUGAUCCCCUGCCUUCAAAUGGCCACUGGGUUCCUGCUGCCCCUAGUGGUGAUGGUGCUGUGCUACUCCAGCAUCACGUGCACGUUGAUACGAGCACGAAGCAGCCAGAGGCACAAAGCCAUCCGUGUGGUCUUGGCCGUGGUUGUGUUCUUCAUCGUGUGCCACCUCCCCUACAACGUGGCUCUGCUCAACCACACGCUUGAUCUGUUUGAGCAGAGAAGUUGUCAGGGAGAAAGGCUCAGUCUUCAAGUUCUGGCUGUUACUAAAAGUGUGGCCUAUCUCCACUGCUGUGUCAAUCCCAUCCUCUAUGCCUUCAUUGGCUCCAAAUUUAGGAGCCACUUUAAGCAAAUACUGAUGGACCUGUGGUGCUUUGGUAAGAGGUACAUCUCCUCGGCCCGCUCGUCACGCGGCACGUCUGACGUCUUGAAGUCUUCAGAUGGUUCCAACAACUUCUCCUCGUUUAGUGUUUGACUUUGACUCAACUUUAUUUAUUCCUUGGGAUUGCUCGCUCAGGAAAAUCUGGUUCAAGUAGCUUACGCAGACAUAGUAGAAAAGAGAAUAUUGUCUUUUAAAUGUAUUGUAUUGUGUGCUCUCGAAUGCAAUCUGUUUUUUGAAAUUAAUAUAGCAGUAUUUUGGGGCAUUAGUGAAAUAUAUAUUUUCUAAGUGCUAAAAUGCUUUUCAAACUCCUGCUGUUGGACUCCAUUGUUGAUAUGAAGAGAGGAGAACUUCGAAAUGUAUAGCUUUGAUUUGUUGCCUUAUUUGAUCCUAGAUGAAU